AUUGACAUCAAUCAACACUUGACCGUUGAAAAUUAAACAACAAAAAUGUUCAGCAAAAUCGUAGCUCUGAGCGCCCUGUUGGCUGCUGCCAACGCUGGAUACUUGGGACAUGGCCACGCUGUGUCCUCCCAAAGCAUCGUCCGUCACGAUGAGCCCGCACACUACGCUGCUCCCGUAGCGCACUACGCCGCACCUGUGGCCCACUACGCCGCCGCUCCCUUAGCGCACUACGCUGCCCCCGUAGCUCACUACGCCGCUCCCGUGGAACACUACGACGGACACGACACAUACGCUCACCCCAAAUACGACUACUCUUACUCCGUGGCUGACCCCCACACCGGUGACCACAAGUCCCAGCACGAGAGCCGCGACGGAGACGCCGUGCACGGAUACUACUCUCUGGUGCAGCCUGAUGGCUCCGUGCGCAAGGUCGAGUACACCGCUGACGACCACCAUGGUUUCAACGCUGUGGUGCACAACUCCGCCCCCUCGGUCCACCCCGCCCCCGUCCACGGACACGACUACCACCACUACAAAAUGUUCAGCAAAAUCGUAGCUGUGAGCGCGCUGUUGGCCGCCGCCAACGCUGGUCUCUUGGGCCAUGGCCACGCUGUGUCCUCCCAGAGCAUCAUCCGUCACGAUGAACCUCUGCACUACGCUGCCCCCGUAGCGCACUACGCCGCGCCUGUUGCCCACUACGCUCCCGUAGCGCACUACGCUGCCCCUGCUGAGCACUACGCCGCUCCCGUAGCUCACUACGCCGCUCCCGUAGCCCACUACGACGGUCACGAUACCUACGCUCACCCCAAAUACGACUUCGCUUACUCCGUGGCUGACCCUCACACCGGAGACCACAAGUCCCAGCACGAGAGCCGCGACGGUGACUCCGUGCACGGAUACUACUCUCUGGCCCAACCUGACGGUUCUAUCCGCAAGGUUGAAUACACUGCUGAUGCUCACAACGGUUUCAACGCAGUGGUGCACAACUCCGCCCCCUCAGUCCACCCCGCGCCCGUCCACGGACACGACUACCAUCAUUACUGA